CUAUACAUUAUAUUUAAAACCAUUAUCAGUUCAUCAUUUUUUGGAUUCUCAUCUAUAUCCAUAUUAGUAUAAAAAGAGAAAAAUGUAUGUGUGUUACAUAGUUAAUAAUAAUAUUGACUUGCACAACAAAGUACUACAAAAUGGUCGUCUACAAAGCAGCAUUCAUAUUAUUAGUUCUUCCUUUGGCAUAUUGCAGAAUCUACGAUAAAUGUACUUUAGCGAGAGAAUUACUGAACGUAUACAAAUUCCCUCGUUGGCAAAUUCCGACGUGGAUUUGUAUUGUUGAGCAUGAAUCACAUUUUAAUACUGCUGCUAUAAACUCGCAAACCCAUGACAACGGCCUCUUCCAAAUUUCUCAAAUAUAUUGGUGCGAUCCACCAAACCAUCCUCAAGGAUGUCAGGUACAAUGUAGCAAAUUAAGAGAUGAUGAUAUUCACGACGAUGUUACAUGUGUCAAAAAAGUAUACGAUGAAUUCCAAAGAACCAAAGGUAAUGGUUUUAAAGCGUGGACGACUUAUGACGCAUAUUGCAAUGGAAACAAUGGCGGAUAUAUUAAGGAUUGUCACAUAUAAAAACUUACGUACCUACCUAUCGCAUGUGGACAAGAAAAAGAAUAACUAGUAUAUUAUUCAACCAGCGUGUAACGAUUUACAUACGAGUAGAAUACUAUACUUUUUCUACGACCUUUUUUAUUAGUAAAAAAUUAUUAAACUUUAGAAUGUUCGUUUAUUUAUAAAUAUAACUAAACUAAUUUUUUA